AAGAAUCAACGCUACGAAUGGAAUCAACGAAUCGCGACAGGUAGAUACGUUCAAUUCGAAUCAAUUGAUUCGGCAUGCGGUAGCAGCGAGCGACUUGGCACGUAUGAGCACACCUCGUGGGGCAGAGUACCCCGUACGGUUCAACUAAAAGAUGGGGCAGCAGCAGCAAGUCGGUAUGUUCCGAAUAGUCCAGAGUAUAAUAAUCAAUGUGCUGACACGAUGGAUUGGAACCAGCCAGAGGAGAGAGAGGCGUCAGUGGUAAGUAAGGCCCUCAUAUCUGUCAUAUCUGUCAUAUCUGUCAUGACAUGGAUCGAAUCAAUAAAUCUGGGGCUGUGGUCGGAAAGCAUAGAACAUAUAAAGCCAGAUCUAAGUCCGAUGAUGAUCAGAUCAAACAUCCGGAUAUCCAUCCACGUGGGGCCAAUUUUUCUUCUCCAUGCAAUUAAUAAUAAUAAUUAA